UAUUGUGCAUCUUUAAAAAAAAAAACCAACCAUUGAUUUAUUGCUUAUGAAUUAUAAGCAAGUAUAGAGGUAGAAAUCGCCACGCAUUCAACUUUUCAUGCCUUGAGGAUAUUAAAAUGCGCACUGUCGUAAGAAGCAUGAGAAACGUAUACACUCGAAUUUUUCAGUGAAAUAAACGUCUUGCAACACAAUCGGUGACGUAACGCGAUUGUUCCAUAGAUACGCAGUGUUUUAGCGCGUAAACCAGGAAACAGCAAUAAAAUUGUGAAUAAUUUAGAAGGUGGGUCUUGUAAUCAUGCCAGUCGGAAAAAGUAUCCUGAUGACCCCGGAUCCAUAUCACACACCCGGAUAUGGCGGGUUUUGUCCCCAGUUUAAAUUCCAGUUAGGUGAAACCUUCGGGAAGACCACCAAUAAGUUAUUGAAGGACUCCAGAGUGGUGACUUCUGGUAAAUUAGUUCUCAAAGAUAUUAAACCCGUGAGGCCGGACUCCGCCUCCAAUACCAGGCUACUGAAGAAACGGGCCCAGGGCUUGGGAGACCAGAAACUAGUAGAUAAAAUGGUGCCUGGAUAUGCCGGGUUUAUACCGAAGGGCCAGCACUACUUUGGGAACAGUUUUUCACUCAACUGUAAAAACGCCAUUGAAGAUUUUAAUGAAGAUCAACAGGCACACGUAGACAAGAGAAAUGAACUGAAACUUACAACUGCUCUUCAAACCGGAAGCCCUGUACCACAAGGAAAUUCAUUAAGACUUCCGGAUAUACGCAGUAGAUACCUUACCCCUUUACAACCUAUUGCGAGGGAACCCAAACCCUUUGUCUCCAAACACACCGCUCUUCCAUCUUUGUCGCCGUAUUACUUAGAGAAUGACAGUCCAUGGAAGAAUUUUAUAUCAGGUUAUUCGGGAUUUGUUCCCCGAAGUCGCGGCCAGGUGGGAAUGAGUUAUCCAAUGACAACACACCUAGCUCUCAAUGAAUUCACAGACGAUCUCCGAUCUCAAUCAGUUCCAGCUUCAAAGAGCGUUAAUUUUGCUAGACCCACCACUCAAUUGAGGGAUGGUAAACCUAUUUACCUGAAAGAAACGGGAAUUGUCCCCCAUUACACAGGACAUGUUCCAGGUCAGAAGUUCCGACAUGGCAAUACGUUUGGACACAGCACAGAAAACGCGCUCGGAAACAAAAUAACAAUCUAGAUAAACAUUCUGAAACACAAGACAACGCAAUCAACAUUUCAGGAAUGACAUUUAAUUAUGGAGUGAUUGAUUUUACAAUUUUUCAUAACGAUAUACCAUUCAUCUUUGGCUACCGAGACUAUUAGUCUACCGAUAAUAUUACAGUAUUCUGAAAGCAGUAUUAUAUAUAUUUAUUUAACCAUUGUACAUGAUAUAAUCACUUGAUCACUGUAUUCGUUGUAUAUUUUAGAAAUAUUUUGCAUAUGUAAAUGUGUUUUCUUUUGCAUGGUUUAUUAAUAAAUUGGUUAACCUAGAGAACGAAGGAAA